AAUAGCUGCGUCAUUGUUUCAUGACAGCGGCCGUUUGCGAAGCAACUGAACACAAGCAAAUAAAACAGAAAUCAACGGCUCUCUUUUCGCUAAUUCACUUCUCGACAUUUGCAUGUGUACGACUUGUUUUUCUUCAGACAGAGGUGACGCAAAUACUGUGCGCCGUCCUGGGUCAGUCCAGGAGUAGACGAGAAUAUUUGGUCAGGUAUUUGUCAUCCACAUGGGAAUGGGGGACAUGAAGACACCAGAUUUUGAUGACCUGCUGGCAGCGUUUGACAUUCCAGACAUCGAUGCCAAAGAAGCAAUUCAGUCUGACACUGAUGGCAAUCAUAAUGAGCGCAGUGGUGUUGUUGGAAAGGAGAGAAGUGGAAGUCCAUGCCUAAGACCUCCAGAAAGCCCUGAGCCUGUUGCUUUAGUUCCACAUAAUGACCCCUCCAUGGUCAGUGUGAUUGUAAAAAACAGUGUACAUUCUGAUGACAAAACUGAAGGGAAUGUAACUGAAGGGGUCAUUUCUGGUGCUGAUUCCUCACAUGAGUCUCCCCAGAAAGGUCCCAGCGAAUAUGGCCUGGUGCCACCAGAUCCGUUCUUCUAUAAUGGACUCAAAACUGUCUCUGAUGGGGCUACAGAACCCUCUCCACCACCAACUCUAACCCGGAUGCAGCCCAAUGGGCAACUUUGGUCUCUCUCUGCUCCUAGUGUUUCUAGUGAUGACAACCAGGAUGGCACUUCUUCUAAACACCCUUCUAGCGCUUUCUCCCCACCUCGGUCUUUACCCCUGACUGAUCCUCCUGUCUUAUCUUCACAUUUAAUUAAUUCAGACUUUCCUCCAAGAGUUGAUUGUGAGGAAGCACCACCAUUAAAUGGCACUUUGAGGGCAGGAGUCCGUCGACGCUUAUCUGAAGAUGAAGAAUCUGAACCAGACCUCGGUAGCCCUGCGCUUGUCAUACAAGAAAGCCCGGAUUCCCAGCGGUGCUCUGCUCCCAAGGUACCACGCAUGCAGCGGUCUCCUUCAAGUGUGUUUCAACCACCCUCUCCCUCAUCCCCUUCCUUACCAGUUAGUAACACUCAAAUCGAAGAGCCAUCUGUCCAGAUUCCAACACUUCUACAAAGCGGCGUUAACCCAACAUCUUUGACCUCCACAAACGAUCUGCCAGUUGAAGAAAAAGACGUGGAGCACAUAAUCGAGGAGAGAGAUUCUCCUGAAAGCCCUGAGCCAGAAAUCCCUCAACCUCAGCCAUCAAAUCAACAAGAAGCCAAUGAGCCAGAACAGAAGGUCAGAAAAGAAGAAGGCCCUCAAGAUCAAGUUAAUGACAUGAGCAUAAGUGUGCAGGAGAAUAGUGGUCUUCAACUAAAAACAGAGGAUGGUGGAGGUGAGAAGACACAAGGGAAAUCCACCAAGACUAGUUUGGUAGAUUCCCCCUCUGAAGAUGUCACAAGCUCCAGCAAAACCUCCUCCAAGCCUCUCAAAGUCAGAAUCAAGACUGUCAAAACGACGGCUGGAAACAUCACACGUUCUGUAUCUAAAGUGGCUCCUAAAGGAGGGACCUCCAAGGGUCCUGGUGGCUCUAAAGUUCAAGCAGGGGCCCGUAGGAUUCAGAGGUCUGGUGAUGCUCCUCAAGGGCGAGCUCAGGGUUCAAAGGAGAUGAUGUUGCCAGUGUCCACCCUUCAGGAUGCCAGCACAGCUAUGUUAUUUGCAGCCAGCAAGGCACAGAAUCAGAUGGCCACCAGUCUUUCCACCACUGCAGUCAAGAUCACCAGAACAUCAACCCUCCCCUCCAUCACCUCUUCACCCAUGCCUGGGGUUCGCGGUUUGGGGCAGAAAACAAUGAAUGGGAAUCCUGGGACUGCCAAAGCAGCCUCCAUUGUGAACAGCCCGGGAGCUGUGAUCUCACGCAGUCAGUCUAGCCUAGUUGAGGCCUUCAACAAAAUCCUAAACAGUAAGAAUCCACUGCCAAGUUAUCAGCCAGACCUCUCCAUCCCACCUCCCCCAGAAUGGGGUCUUCGAGUGCCCUCAACGGGAUACCGUUGCCUUGAAUGCGGGGAUGCGUUCGCACUGGAACGCAGCCUGGCGAGGCACUACGAUCGGCGCUCUAUGAGGAUCGAGGUGACCUGUAACCACUGCUCCAAACGCCUGGCUUUCUUUAAUAAGUGCAGCCUGCUGCUCCACGCACGAGAGCACAAGGAGAAGGGGCUGGUUAUGCAGUGCUCACACCUCGUCAUGAGUCCUGUCAGUGUGGAGCAGAUGAUUGGCCAGCAGGAUACCGUGCAUAUAGGUGUGCUUUCUCCAGCUGCCUCCGCUCUGUCUGCCAUUAAAGAAAGUGGUGUCCAUCUGUCACAAUCUUCUGAUAACAGCUGUACUGAGUGUUGGAGUCCAUUCAAAGGGAAGGCAGAAAUAGUAGCACACUUUCAAGAGGUGGAGCCUGGUGGCACUGAAACGUGUUGUAUGCAGUGUUCUCCUCCGAUGCCGCUGUGGAACUCAUGUAGUGCUGCGGCUCACCGGCGGCUACAUCAGCAGCUCCCUCCACUGGUUUGCCCUGAAUGUGGUGUCACCUGUCAGUUUCAGGACCUCAACACUCAUCUGAAUCAAACCUGCCUCCACUACUCACGGCGCCUUGGAUAUAGAUGUGCUUGUUGUCAUUUGGUGUUUGGUGGAGUGAAUAGUUUGAAUGCUGUAAAGACUCACAUGCAGACGGCUCACUGUGAGGUCUUCCAUAAAUGCCCCUCCUGCCCCAUGGCUUUUAAAUCUUCCUCUAGUGCUGAAGCCCACUGUGCCUCCCUGCAUCCUGAACUCCCUGAGACAGCAAGGCAGUCCAAGGAGAUCUAUAAAUGUGUGAUGUGUCGGACGGUUUUUACUCAAAAAGCAUUGCUCAGUGUCCAUAUUGACACUCACUUAGCCAAGCAGAAGAUGCACGUCUUUAAAUGUCCUGAAUGUAACAAGCUAUUCACGCAGAGAGGUUCCCUUCUUGAGCAUGUUAAGGACUCUCAUAGGGACUCUAGCAUUUAUGACACAUCAGCACAGAACAACUUGGUAAAAAUGGAGAGCUCUGAUGGGGAGGAGUGGGGACGGGAUGAAGAUGAGGACAGAGGAAGAAUGGCGAGAGAGGAUGGGAACGCUGCUCUCCAGAGUUGGAGCUGCUCACAGUGCCAGACGCACUACACAGACAAAGAGAACUACAUCACCCACAUGUCUGAGCAGCAUGGCAAGGAACUGAAGAAGUUUCCAUGCACUCUUUGUGAAGGGUCCUUCUCUUCAUCGUCAAGUUUAAGACGCCACAUUCGUGUCAAGCACAAAGGCAUCAAAAGAGCGUUUUAUUGCCAACUCUGUACAGGUGGGAAGAGGAGUUUCAGCAGUAAGCUGAUUCUUGAGAAACAUAUUCAGGCUCAGCAUGGAGGAGACAGAGGAGCAGCCACACAGAGUCAGGCAGUUCCUCGUAUCACAGAUGCAGCUGACAGCUCGUCUGAGCAUGAUGGUGGUCCUGGCACUUUGGGCGGGGCCUCAGUUGAAGCAGAAAGCCAAUUGGCCGAGAGCAGCCUGACCAGGCCUGGCAGAGGAGCUGCAGCUGAGGAGCAGGAAACCGCAGGAUUCCGCUGCAUGCCGUGUGGUUUUACCACAGAGCACAGAGAAGAGUUUCUCCAGCAUAUUGUUUGUCACCGUGACGGGGGCAGCAGCUUUCAGUGUCAGCAGUGCGGUGCGUGUUUCGCAUCCUCCUCCUCUCUCAGCAGGCAUCUCUUCAUCAGCCAUCGCGUGCGUGAUUCCCGCUCCGAGCGCGCCGAGGUGUCUCCUGUCACUGGUUCAAAUUCUGUGACCUCUGACUCCGCAGUUGCAGCAGGGUCCCCAGGGUCACCCUCGAGUGUAGGGGGGACACAGGCGGAGGAUGGGGAAGAGGCAUUAAAAUCAGGAAACUUGCUGAAUAGUUGCUGAUCUUUAGAAUGAGAACAAAAAAAGUGCCUUCUUCAUUUAGUCUAAGGUUAAGAUUACUGUUAAAGUUUGAUUAAUUUGAUUAAAGUAAGCAGAUGAUUUGAAAGAGUUGAGUUAUUUUGAUGUUUGCGCUGGAAUUAUGUUUUAUUGGUGCCUUACAUAUCUUGUCUACUGGUUUUCUUUUUAAAGAUGAUUAGUAUAGAUUUGUUUUACUGUAACCUCCUGAAUUUUUCUGGCUGUUUCAUAUGGAUUGUGUUGAGAUAAAUAAAAAACUGUAAUGGCUAAAUCACUACUCUAUGCCUUGUUAUAGUCUACUG